AUGAAGAGAAAUAUUGCCAAAUACGUUGCUUAUUGUCCAAAUUGCCAACAAGUUAAGAUUGAUCACAAGAAGGCCGGAGGAUUGCUUCAGAAUAUUGAGAUUCCGACCUGGAAAUGGGAUACAAUCAAUAUGAAAUUCAUUACGGGAUUACUGAAUUCUCAUCGGAAGUUCGAUUCUAUAUGGGUUAUUAUGGGCCGUAGAGAAGAUGAAAGUGAUUCAGGAUCCAUUGUUGACCACUCAGAGUCGACAAAGUCCUACUUAGAUAACUGGCGUCGAGUAUUAGAGUUCGCUGUGGGAAACUUGGUGUUCCUGAAAGUGUCUCCUAUGAAAGACGUGAUAAGGUUAGAGGCAAGCUUAGCCCAGGGUGAUCCCUCCCGCACUACCCCCAUUGAGGAUGUCCAGGUCACAGAAGACCUAUCAUAUGAGGAAAUUCUAGUAGUUAUCCUAGAUCUCCAAGUUCGUACGUUGCAAACCAAAGAGGUGGCUUCAGUUAAGGGACUUUGGAGAAACAAAAUUGUAGAGGAAAUAACAUGGAAAGCCGAGGAGGAUAUGAAAUCCAGAUAUCCUCAUUUGUUUCUGUCUGCAGGUUUAUAUCGACACAUAUUUUGUUUAGGUGAUAAUGCUGAGACAAAUAUGGCAGGCACAACUCAAAGUACAGUGGAUGAUAAUUGA